AUGGGGCCUGGAGGGGUCACCUAUAGGCGCCAGGCCGUCUUCGGGACGGGAUUUAGGAUUCGUAUCUCCUUCCCUUCCUCGCCUGGGCGGGAACAUAGGUGGUUCAACCCGCACCCCCUCGGAGGAGAUCCCAACCUGUACAAUUUUCAAACUUGGGCAAGGACGGUGCUGCAGAGAGGCAUGAUCCACCCGCGUGACGCCGAGGCUUGGCGCACAGCGCUUGUAGAUGUAGAGGGUGGUGGCGUUGGAUAGCUGGUUGUGUCAGCGGCCGACGAUACCUGGCGAGUAAUCCUCUGCUAGGCGUUGUUGAUGAAUUGAUUUGGCAACGUAGAAGAGACACGAUAAGCGCCCACAAAAUCGCCCCAACCAUCGCCAACCUUACCCUGGGUUCCUUAGAUGAGGAUGCGUCGAUGUGCGUUC